CCUCGUUCCAUCCCCUGAUCCCCAUCCCCAUCCCCAUCGCCAUCGAUCUCGCCGCCGCCACCCACCCACCCACCCACCCCGCCGACCUCGCCGCCGGUCGCCACCCACCCAAAGCCGGCGUCUUGGUCGGCCGGGUCGAGCGGCGGAGGCUACGACUCGGAUCGGUCCUGUCGCCAUGGCGGCGGCGGCGUCCGGUGCGUCCGCGGGGGCGGGGGCCAAGCCGGGGCGGCUGAACGUGCCGGCGGGGAUGGCGGGGUCGCUCCGCCUGGACCCGUCCUCCCCGGCCUCGUCCGCCUCCUCCGCGGCGGCGGCGGCGCGCCUGCUCGAGAUCCCCAAGACUCCGUCGCCGUCCAAGGUCACCUACAGCGACCGCUUCAUCCCCUGCCGCUCCUCGUCCCGCCUCCACAACUUCUCGCUCGCCGACCGCCCCUCCCCGGGCUCGGGCUCCCGGGACGACAGCAGCGCCUACUCGCGCCUUCUCCGCGCCGAGCUCUUCGGGGGCGACUCCUCCCCGGGCGGCGACAAGCAGGAGUCCCCCGGCUCCAACAACCUCUUCCGCUUCAAGACGGACCCUCGCUCCUCGGCACCCUCCUCCCCCUUCGCCGAGAAGCUCGACUGCACCGGCGUCGGCUCCCCCACCCCCAAGAAGGCGCCCCGCAAGGUCCCCAAGACGCCUCACAAGGUGCUGGACGCGCCGUCCCUGCAGGACGACUUCUACCUGAACCUCGUCGACUGGUCCUCCCAGAACAUGCUCGCCGUCGGCCUCGGCACCUGCGUCUACCUCUGGUCCGCAUCCAGCAGCAAGGUCACCAAGCUGUGCGAUCUGGGGCCGAGGGACAGCGUCUGCGCCGUGCACUGGACGCGCGAGGGCUCCUACCUCGCCGUCGGCACCAGCCUUGGAGACGUCCAGAUUUGGGAUAGCUCUCGCUGUAAGAGGAUUAGGAACAUGGGAGGACACCAGACGCGGGCGGGGGUGCUAGCGUGGAACUCCACCAUAUUGUCCUCCGGUAGCAGGGACAAGAACAUAUUGCAGCAUGACAUCCGUGUCCCCACUGACUACAUCAGCAAAUUUGCUGGCCACAGAUCAGAGGUCUGUGGGUUGAAAUGGUCGCACGACGACCGCGAGCUUGCCUCUGGUGGAAAUGACAACCAGCUUCUAGUAUGGAACCAGCGGUCGCAGCAGCCGGUGCUGCGACUGACUCAACAUACCGCCGCGGUUAAAGCGAUAGCAUGGUCACCCCACCAGCACAGCCUGGUGGCGUCAGGAGGCGGGACGGCUGACAGGUGUAUCAAGUUCUGGAACACCGCUAAUGGAAAUAUGCUCAACUCAAUUGACACAGGCAGCCAGGUUUGCAACCUUGCCUGGUGCAAGAAUGUGAAUGAGCUUGUGAGUACCCAUGGGUACUCCCAAAACCAAAUAAUGGUGUGGAAGUAUCCAUCCAUGUCAAAGGUUGCGACUCUUACCGGACACACGCUGCGUGUGCUUUACCUCGCAACGUCCCCCGAUGGACAGACAAUAGUAACAGGAGCCGGCGACGAAACUCUCAGAUUUUGGAACAUUUUCCCUUCAAUGAAAGCGCAGGCUCCCGCUCGUGAUGCUGGGCUCUUUUCUUUUUCGAGAAGCCACAUCCGGUGACAAGUCGCAGAGGGACCGACCAAAGAAGACAAAGAUAUAUAUGUGACUGCCAAACAUAUUUUCGUUGCAUGUGCAGUUCUUGAGUGAUUCUGUACAUUUUGUGUGGCCUGAUCUGAUCCAUUAUUCCGUUGCCCAUUAACUUAACUCAUUUGUUGUAGUAGAAACUCAUAAACUCUGCAGAUGUAAGUCUUGUUUGACAGAAAAUGUUAGAGAGAAAUGGAGACCAACCAGGGUUAUCCAUGUACUUUUAAAUCA